AUGUCAAGAAACGCUUCUCAUGCUGGUUCUUGGUAUAAUGAUAUAGGUUCUGAGCUGAACGAAGAACUUGAGCAAUGGUUAAGAGAAGUUCCUUCCGACAUAGAGGAUGGUCUUCCUACACCAAUUCCAGGUGCUCGAGCAAUUAUCGCACCGCAUGCUGGAUACUCCUACAGCGGACCGGCUGCCGCAUUCGCCUAUAAGUGCAUCGAUCCCAAUUUCGUGUAG